UUAUCGAUUAAUUCGCAGUCAUCGUUUAGCUUCAGCAGAGCAGGUUUGCGUAAUUUCUUGUGUUAUUUUCCCGAACUUCGUUUUAUCGAGUGUCCCGAUCCCUCCGUCAAGAUUGUGUGGCCAAUGAGUGAGUCCGGCGUGCGGCAGCGGAAAAAAAGUUCAAGCGACGGGAAACCGCCUCGCAAAGUAAAAACUAUACAAAAUGUCAACAUAUCGAAUCCUCAAAGCCAUCGGAUGUGGGCGCGGCUAGUCUUGAUUGUAGGAAUCGCAGCAAUAGCAUAUUUCACCGCUUUCCGCACAAGAGAGAAGAAAUUUGCCACCCUUAAGGAAACGCUCGAGCUACGUUCGCAAAAGCUAGACUGUUCGACGCCGUACUUCGAGGAGAUUUCCAAGUUCUCCGGUUGCAUCCCGGCACACUGCGGCCGUUUCGUGAGCGACAAAAUUGUAAGUACAACCGAGGUCGAUGCUUUGCUGAAACUGGCUAAAGCUGGAUUCAAUUUUGGCCGUUCAGCGGGCGGUGCUUCAAUUCUUGAUUUACAUUCGGGUGCCCUAUCUAAAGACACUCAGUUUAUCAAUAUUUAUAAAAUACCGGAGGCAAAAAAGAUAUUUACAUCAGAACACAUUAACGUAUAUAGACAGGUCAAAGAGAAGGUACAACAAGCUAUCGCGGACAAUUUCAAAAUAAGCAAAGCUUCUAUAUCGUUAACACAUCCCACGUUUUUCUCGCGACUGACGAAUGAGACGGCUAAAACUAUUCACGAUGAAUAUUGGCAUGCCCACGUGGACAAAGAAACGUACAAUUCCUUUCACUACACGACACUUCUGUAUCUGACGGAUUUCGGUAAAGACUUUACCGGGGGUCGAUUCGUAUUUAUCGACAAUGCCGGCAAGCAUAACAAAACUAACGUUUAUAUCGAACCUAAGAGAGGAAGGGUCAGCGGGUUCACUUCAGGUGCAGAAAAUGUGCACCAUGUUGAACAGGUAGGCUCGGGGGUUCGCUAUGCAAUGACGAUUUCUUUCACUUGCAACCAAGAACACGCCAUGGCCGAUCCUCAAUUCGCCAUCGAAGAAGAUGAAGAACCGUAACUGUUUAUUUCAUUGUACAACCGUCUAAAAUUUUAAAUUCAAACAUGUUUAACAAGGUCCCGAUUUUAAUUUAACGAUGUCGUCAUUUUGUGCGGUCUUAGUCUUAUAAAAAAAGCAACUUAGUAUAUUAACAUUGUAGAUCAAAUCAAUUUAGUCAUAAUAUUAGUCAUUGCAACUAACAGUUGCGUAUCAGUGUUUCCAGUAUUUUACCGGUAUUAAUUUUAUUCAUUCCAUGCUUUUAUUUAUCUGGGUACAAACAUUUAAGUACAAAGUACCUAUUUUAUUGAGGGGAAGUUUUAAUUUCUUUCAAUCAAAAAACUAGAACAAAAACCAUUGAUAGUCAUAGAUGUUAAAGCGUAUAAAUAAUAACAUAGGUGUUCGUGAGAAUCACUUAACUGGUGUUUUAUUUUCAGUAUUCAUGUAGUAGGGAAUUUAUGUUGUUUAAUAAAU